AAGGACUUGCUAUUGCGAAUUCUUGAAUCUAUCCCUCCAUCCCGUUGAUCCGAUUAAGCAUUGAUUUUGUGAUUUGGAGCUGGGAUCGCCAUGAUAAAAGGGAGAUCAAGAAUCGAUUAAACCUAUCACAGGGUUCUUAUUGUGGUUGCUUUGCGACUUUGCGUAGACCAACAACAUGAUCCUAUAAAAUAAACCCCUCCCAAUUCGUUUUCAGUUUCCCCCAAAAUACACCAUCCAUCGAUCACCCUUUCUUCCCCAAACCCAUCUCUCUCGAACUUGUAUAAUCAAUUUCUUGAUAAUUAUACCGCCUAAAACCCUAGGUUUUCGCACCCCGUUGUAAAGAUUUCUAGGGUUUUUCCCACGAUGGACUCGGAAGAUGAUAUGCAUGAUGCGAACGAUGUUGAUUCUUACGAAGAAGAUUAUUACAGCGGCGAUGCGAUGUACAGCGAUGACGAUGAUGAUGCUGGGUAUGAGUUUUUGGAUAAUGAUUCCGAUGAUUCUGAUGACGCAUUAGUUAGCCGACAACAGAAAAAUUAUACCAUCUUGAAGGAAGAUGAUAUACGUCAACGUCAGGAGGAUGAUAUCACUAGAAUUUCUGCUGUUCUGUCAAUUUCGAGAGAUUCAGCUUGCAUGCUCUUGCGCCGUUUUAACUGGAGUGUUAGCAAUGUUCAUGAAGCAUGGUUUGCUAAUGAAGAUAAAGUUAGGAAGGCUGUUGGCCUGUUGGACAAGACAGAUAUCAAGCCACCAAAAGCUGGAGAGGUGGCUUGUGGGAUCUGCUUUGAGUCAUAUCCACUUGAUAAGAUUAGUACUGCUGCCUGUGGCCAUCCUUUCUGUAACACAUGCUGGACAGCCUACAUUAGCACAUCUAUCAAUGAUGGUCCUGGAUGUUUAACAUUGAGAUGUGCCAUUCCGUCCUGUGGUGCUGCUGUUGGUGUGGACAUGGUCAAUAUGUUGGCUUCAGAUGAAGAGAAGAAGAAAUACCGGCGUUACCUUCUUAGAUCUUAUAUCGAGGACAAUAGAAAGACAAAGUGGUGCCCUGCACCGGGGUGUGAUUGUGCCAUUGAGUUUGAUCUUGGAAGUGGAAGCUAUGAUGUAACUUGCCAUUGCUCAUACAGCUUUUGUUGGAAUUGUACAGAAGAAGCUCAUCGUCCUGUGGAUUGUGAAACUGUGUCCAAAUGGAUAAUGAAAAACAGUGCAGAGUCUGAAAAUAUGAAUUGGAUUCUAGCCAAUUCUAAGCCUUGUCCAAAGUGCAAGCGUCCAAUUGAGAAGAACCAAGGUUGUAUGCACAUGACAUGCAACCCCCCCUGCAAAUAUGAAUUUUGCUGGUUGUGCCUUGGCCAAUGGUCGGAUCAUGGAGAGAGAACUGGUGGCUUUUAUGCUUGCAACCGUUAUGAAUCUGCGAAGCAAGAGGGAGCGUAUGAUGAGUCUGAACGUCGAAGAGAGAUGGCAAAGAAUUCCUUAGAGCGAUACACCCACUAUUAUGAACGCUGGGCUACAAACCAAUCGUCGAGGCAAAAAGCUCUUGCGGAUUUGCAUCAGAUGCAAACAGUUCAUCUCGCAAAACUUAGUGAGAAGCAGUGCCAACCUGAGACACAAUUGAAAUUCAUAAUAGAAGCUUGGUUGCAGAUAGUUGAAUGCAGGCGUGUGUUGAAAUGGACCUAUGCAUACGGGUACUACCUACCAGAGCAAGAACAUGCAAAAAGACAGUUUUUUGAGUACUUACAAGGUGAAGCAGAGGCUGGUUUAGAAAGGCUUCAUCAAUGUGCAGAGAAGGAAUUACAUACUUACCUAAAUGAAGAUGCCUCUCAAGAUGAAUUCAAUAAUUUCAGAACAAAGUUGGCCGGUUUGACUAGUGUGACACGCAACUACUUUGAGAACUUGGUGAGAGCACUAGAAAACGGGCUAUCCGACGUGGAUGCACAUGGAGCUUCAAGCAAAACAAGUAGCUCGAAGAACGCUGCAGGGACGAGCAAGGGGAAAGGCGGAAAAGGAAAAGCGUCCAGUAAGGGUGGAGCCGCAAGCAGAAAUGAUGAUUCUACUGGCUGGUCGUGUGAUCAGUGCACCUAUAUGAACCCAAAAACCGUCACAUCGUGCCAGAUGUGCCACACCAGCCGGUGAAAAUGCUCGAUAAUUACUUGCAUUAGACUGCAUAUUACACCCUUGAAGCAAAGAUGAAAAGAUUGGAUGACAUCAGGUAUGCUGCAAACUUGCAAUUGUUGGCUAGUUAGUCUUUUGCUGAUAGGUUGUGAUGUGGGUGGUUGGGGGGGGGGGGUGUAUAUAGAUGCCACCUAGGCAACGGCUAGGUGUAUCGGUUAAACCGUUGGUUUGCUGGUUUGUUCUUGUUGGUUGGUUCUUGGUCAAAGAUGUAGAUUCGAAGGGUUUUCUUUUGAAGUGGAGUGAUUUUGGACGGAUUGUGCUACUACUAUUACUUAAAUGGGGUUUGUUGUCAAGGUUGUAACGGAGUUGAUAGAAAAAACUUGUUUAUGUCAUUGUACCA